UGCUCAGUGAAGGUACAUCUAUUAAAUGCCCUCGGGGGUAUAGGAUCAGACGUCGCACAAUUAGUGAAUCUGAAGAGAGUUUUGAAUGUUAUCUUUGCAGGAUGGAUAGCUAUAGUGUUGACCGUGGAAUAUAUAAGUAGAGUUAACGGAAGCCAAGUCUUGGAAUGCUUACCAUGUCCUUAUGGAGCAAGGUGUACAAAAGACCUUGAAGCAUUACCAAAUUUUUGGGGUUACAAAAUUCACAGCGAUCCGGCUGUAAUAAAGUUUUCUCGAUGUCCAAUGGGUUACUGUUGCCAGAUCGCAGGGAAAAAAAAAGGGUGUGUUCCUUAUAAUACAUGCUACCAUGGCCGAUACGGCAGACUCUGUGGUGCGUGCAUGACCGGGCUUACGGAAACCCUAUUCACACCAUCAUGCCGAAAACCAGAAAAAUGCAAGGACUAUUGGUUUUGGCCUGUAGCGGGGGUCUUUGUGUUAGGUUUCACCCUCUACCUCCUAAUCCAACCUGAUAUAUUUGGCAUUAUGUACCGCUAUAUAACCUGGUUUCGGUCAGCAAUACCCACGGACGUUGAACCUGAAUCCACCUCAAUAUCAGGCUUGGAACACAUUGUCUUCUUUUACUACCAAUCCGUUGAUAUCCUGACCGUGCAGAGUUCUAAAAAUUUCGUCUGGAAUAACCAUUUUACCCAAUUCACGGUGGGUUUGUUUAAUUUUGAUCCUCGCCUAAAUCGAGAUGGGUUUGCUUGUCCCUUUCCAGGUUUGAACCCAGUGUCUAAACUUCUUUUUCGUGCACUUGGUGUGGUUUCCGUUCUCUUCGCAAUUCCGUUUAUUUUUCUGCUACACAAAGUUGCCUCCUUAUUUCUUCCCCUACGCCCACCUAAAAUUGCCGUCUACUUAUCAGCCUUUCUUAAAAGCGUGCUUCUUGGCUAUAAUGUGCUCGCUCGGAAAAGCCUGACUCUACUGCAUUGUGUUACUGUUGACGGUGUCAAUUGCUUGUUUGUGAAUUGUAACAUAGAGUGUUACACCUGGUGGCAAAACCUGAUAUUGACUUUGGUUUUUAUCUAUUUUCUCCCAUUCGUCUUUGUCUUGUUCUUUGGUGCUAAAAAACUGUACGGAAGACAUAUUUCCGUAACUCAUCUUCUUCUUGCGUUUAUUUUCCCUCUGCCCUAUCUCUCAUACUGGUUUUUAAAUCAACGUCGUCUCCGUGAGAGAAUCAUGCCGGAUACAGAUGGGCGCAAUGCAGUCUCCUUGAUUCUCAUUGGUCCAUACCGUGUUCCAGAUCACGUCAGCGCUGGCGCGAUUUACUGGGAAAGCGUCCUGAUUGGUCGAAUGGUUGUUCUUGUUAUCGUUGCUGUUUUAGUCAAAGAUCCGUUCUUAAGCUCUCUGGCGCUAUUACUUCUAUGUAUCAUGAAUAUUUUACUACAUAUUUAUGUCCGUCCUUAUAAGAGUGUUUCAGAUAACCGUGCCGAAGGUAUAUCGCUAUUCUGCCUCGUGCUUAUGGCAUUGUUAAACCUUCCUUUCAUGGCUUAUCUUUCGGAAGGUGUCCUUCCGGCAGGCCCAAUGUCACGUGUUAUGGAAGUUUUUACGUGGUGUCAAAACUUUCUCGUCUGUUUUCUCCCACUAAUUUGCGUUGCUCUUGUGAUUGUUGCUUUCCUUUCACAAGUUGUGAGGUUGAUUUUCUUCUUUACAAAAAGCAUUCUUUUUGCGUGCACUUCUCUUGGUUCAUGCUGCUGUUGGCUGACAACGAUAUGGUCACAAGGAAAACCUGAUGACCUUGACACAUUCAUAGAAUAAUAGUCCGACACGAACAUUCGAACAAAAAAUGCAAAAAUGAUUGUUAUCUCAUAGUUUU